AUGGCUUUAGUUCCUUCAAUUUCAGUAAAUAUGUACAAGCUGGAAACAAAGUAUGAGAGAAAUCUGCCGAAUUCCUCUUCAAAGGAUAUGGGCAUCAUGGAUAUUUAUUAUUACCUAAUGGACGAGAUUUCAGAUCCCAGAGUUUCCGGGUGGCCUUUGAUGUCAAAUCCAUUUGGUAUAGCGCUAAUUUCACUCGCUUAUCUGUCCUUUGUACUUUACGUCGGACCGCUCUGCAUGAAGGACAGAAAACCUUAUGCGCUUACCAAGAUUAUGAUCUGUUAUAACAUUUGCGUCGCGAGCGCGAGCGCUGUUAUAUUCUAUGGUAUACUCACAUCCGGCUACACGAUGCAUCUCUCCGUGGGAUGCGAGCCCUUCGUCAUUUCGAACGACCCCAUGUCGCUUAGCAUGGCCCGAUGGGUGUGGUGGGUUUUAAUCCUGAAAAUCACCGAGCUUGCGGACACCGUUAUUUUCAUCCUUCGCAAGAAGUAUAAUCAAACGUCGUUUCUUCACGUGUAUCAUCACACGGCGACUCUCCUCCUGGCGUGGAUUUCUUGCAAAUAUGCACCUGGUGGUAUGUGGACCUUCAUAAUGCUGCCGAACUGCGCAGUGCACGUAAUUAUGUACAUCUAUUACCUGUGCGCCAGUUUGGGCCCGAGAAUGCAGGGGAUGAUCGCCCCGUGGAAGAAGCACAUGACCCGAUUGCAGCUCAUCCAAUUUGCUAUCAUGGUAGCUCAUACGUUCCAAGCGCUUUUACCAUCUUGCGAGCCAACGCGGAAACCAUUAGCAUACAUUUACAUGUCUCAAGUUGCCUUCAUGUUCUAUAUGUUCUUAGACUAUUACAGGAAGUCUUACCCGAGAAAAAAGAGGGAUUGAGUAACGUUUCAGAAUAACGCGAUAGUUAUUAUUUCGAAAUAUAUGGAAGCUGUAUUCGCAUCGAAUUUAAAUGAGCAUUGAAUAAACAAGAUUUCUUUUCAG